AUGUCGAAAAGGUUGUUUUUAAAAAUUGUGAGUGACGUGCAAGCGAAUAACUCAUGGUUUCAAGAGGGCGUGGAUGGGAGUAUGAAGAAGAGUUUUACACCGAUGCAAAAAGUUACAACGGCGAUUAAGCAACUUACAACCGGUAACCCUCCAGACGAGAACGAAGAGUAUUUAAAUAUGGCCGAAAGGACUUCACGUGAGUGUCUAGAAUAUUUUUGCGAAAUAUUAUGUAAUUUAUACGCUUCUAAGUUCUUACGUAGACUAACAAGCCACGACGUUGCGCUCUUGUAUCAAGCUCAUGAUGAUAAACAUCACCUUCCUUGGAUGUUGGGUAGUCUUGAUUAUACACAUUUUGUUUGGAGAAUGUGUCCAACAGAGUUGCGGGGCCAAUAUAUGAGGGGGGAUCACAGGUACCCGACAAUUAUGCUCGAAGCGGUGGCCUCUCAAGAUUUGUGGAUUUGGCAUGCUUUUUGUGGUCCACCAGGUUCACAAAACGACAACAACGUGCUCCAACAAUCUCCGUUCUUUCUUACUCAACAAAAUGGAACUGCAGUAAAAUGCCCAUUUUAUGUGAAUAACCACUUGUACAACCGCGGAUACUAUCUUACCGAUGGAAUCUACACUACUUGGUCCGUGUUUGUGAAAUCAUUUCCGUAUCCUCACAUUGUGAAAGAAAAGAAGUUCAAGAGGCAACACGAGACGGCAAGAAAAGACAUGGAACGGGCUUUUGGUGUUUUAAAGGCAAAAUUGGGUGUACUUAAUCGACCAAUGCGUGCUAUGAGUGUAAAAAAGAUUAGGAAUGUCGUAUAUGCGUGCAUUAUUAUGCAUAACAUGAUUCUAAUAGACGACGGAAACGUGAUUGCACCGGUACAUAUUCGGGAUCCUACAGUCGAGCCCGUUUUCGAUGAUAUUUUUUUAACGAGCUCAUUGAUGAAGCUACGCAUUAUAAACUAA